GCGGGGGUGGCCGCCCAGAGAGGGGCGGGGGCAGCCCGGGGCCUUCCCCCGGCCGGGGCGGCGGGCGGCGGCAGCGGAACGCGGCGGCGGGCGCGGGUUGCGGAGGGCCGCUUUGAGGCGCGCACCGCGCGGCGCGGCGCAGGCAUGAGGGAGCUGCCGCCGGGCCCGGCGAUGGAGAGCGACAUCUUGGACGCGCUGGAGGCCUUGGGGUACACGGGUGCCCUGUUGGAGGAGGAGGCCCUGAAAAAAGCAGCAGAAAAUGGACUGUCUUCACCAGAAUUUUUUGACCUCUGCAUUUGGUUAGGUUCCCAGAUAAAGUCACUUUGUAAUAUGGAAGAAAGCAUCACUGCAACAGAUGGUGUGAAAGAUGUAGAGAGCUUCCAGCUUGAAAUUAGUGGCUUUCUGAGAGAAAUGGCGUGUCCAUAUUCAUCACUGGUGUCUGGAGACAUCAAAGACAGAUUAAGAGAGAAAGAAGAUUGCCUUAAACUCCUGUUAUUUCUAAGUACAGAACUUCAGGCUUUAAAGAUACUGCAGAGCAAGAAAACUAAAGGCUGUCAUUUGGAAAAGCACAGUGAAAUUAUUCAGGAAGUACAAGCUAUUUGCGACGCACUGGGUGUGCCAAACUCCUCAUCUUCUGGAAUUCCUCCCUUGUUAACCAGUGUGGAACAAAAGAUAAAGGACAUUCUCUCAAAAGUUAAAAAUAGCCAUGUGGGGAAAUCGCUGCUAACAAAACCUCUGAACUCUGACCAAAUGGAAAGAUUGGAAAAAAUCAAUGAUGCUCUUUGCAGUGAGUACGAGUGUCGACGGCGGAUGUUGAUGAAGAGGCUUGAUGUGACUGUGCAGUCUUUUGGCUGGUCUGAUAGAGCAAAGGUAAAAACAGAUGAGAUAGCCCGGCUCUAUCAGCCCAAGCGCUACGCCCUGUCUCCAAAGUCGACCAUUACGUUAGCUCACCUUCUCGCUGCUCGCGAGGAUCUGUCCAAGAUCAUAAGGACAAGCAGUGGAUCGACACGGGAGAAGACAGCCUGUGCCAUCAACAAGGUUCUGAUGGGGAGAGUCCCUGACCGUGGAGGCAGACCCACAGAGAUUGAACCACCUCCUCCCGAAAUGCCUCCGUGGCAAAAAAGACAAGAAGGCGGUGGAAGAGGUGGCUGGGGGGGCGGGGGUGGUGGUGGAAGGGGUAACUGGGGGGGUGGAGGGGGUAGGGGAGGAGGAGGGGGAGGUUUCAGAGGUGGUGGAAGAGGUGGGGGCGGCUUCCAGGGUGGGGGCGGUUUCCAAGGUGGGGGCGGUUUCCAAGGUGGGGGCGGUUUCCAAGGUGGGGGUGGCUUCCAAGGCGGCAGGGGAGGUUACGGUGGCAGGGGAGGCUAUGGUGAUCCCUACGGUGGGAGAGGAGGGGGAGGAUACCGAAGAUACUAAAGUACCAUAAAUCUUAAACAGUAACUGGCAGAAUAUAGUGGUGGUGUUUACUGGUACUAGGAAUUUAGGUAUGUUGACUUGGGUUUAGGUUAGAAUUAAGUAUGACCAUAUGAAUAAUUUCAUUAGACCAACUGAUGUUCUGAGUUCGUUUAGUUAACUGAACAGAAGUUUUAUACUAAAAUCUGAUGACUGAAGUCCUUGUUUUUCGUACUGCUUAUAUGGUGUUUUUAUUAUGUCAUUUUAUUUAAAAUAAGUCUCAGAAAACUGAAUAAAACCCUUUUUAAACAAACAAAAAUAUGUUAAUGAUCAGACCUCUCUAAUUAUUGCAUGUUGCAUGUCUAUUCUUCUGCUCCAAAAUGCUGUGUAGAAAAAACAAAGUAGGCCUAAGAACUGGAUGAAACCACUUUUAAAAGACUCAAGAAUGCUGCUUUCAGGCUUGUUCUCUUCAUCUCAUUGUUCUUCUUUGAUAGUUUUCAUGUAGGACGUGUAAAUGCAUUUUAAUUUCAAAUCCUUAAGGCUUUGGUCAAAAUUAUUCAAUUAGAUUGGAUUAUUCUUGCAGAACUUCACAUUAUAGUAACAUUGUGAAUUAAUACUCUACACAAAUGAAUCAAAUCAAGUUGGUUUUUUUGUGUUCAUAAUGUAUCAGACACUCUAUAAUUGUCAGAGCAUGUCCUGUAAACUCAUCAUAGUGAGUUUUGAUAGUAUAUUAUUUUCAUUUUACCUGUUUUCUAUUGUUGAUGUUUCAUAAAAGAUUUAAAAUCAGAUUGGGCAGAAAAGCUGCAGCCAUCAUGUGUAUGUCCUUGUGUAUCAGCUUUGAGACACAAAGUUUGAAUAAGCUGAGCUUCUUAAGAAAGAACAUGACAUUUCUUCUCACCUUUUUUUCUUUCCCCUUGUUUUUUUAAAUCAUCCUCUUCUCCCCUGCCUGCUCUGUGUUUGGGAGUCACCAGCUGCCUGGUUAGUAAGUUAACAAGGCAGCUCAUGCAGCAGUUACCUUUUCUCAGUGCUUUCUGUCUCGGACAACCUAGAAAAGGCCCUGUCGUGACAUGGUAUGGGUCCCUCUCCAUCACAUACACUGUCACUCUAGAAGGAGUUAGCUGUCAUAGCAUCAUGGCUGUAAAUAUACAUCGACAGGAAUUAAAUUUAGAGCUGUCACUUAAAAAAGUCAGUUUCUGCUGCCCAGUAUCUUUUAGAUCUCCCAUGUUGUGAGGCUGCUUCUGAGAACAGAGGUGGAAAGGGGGUGAUGCCUGAGUAUGUUCCCAUGACAGCAUUUCUCAGGGUCAGGUCACCACAGCAAGAUUCAAGAAGGCAUCUGAUUAACCUGAUGUGCCUGAUGAUUAAAGAGCACAGCAGACUUGAAGAACUUGUAAUUGUAGGCAUAACUGCAGAUUGAAUUUUGAUUGUGCAUUUAUGUUCCUCAGUUUACAAGUUCUUUCUGCACAAAUUUCCUAUUGGUGUUCCUUGGUAUGCUUUCAAGAUAAUUUUUACCUUCAUAAAUAUACAUACCAUGUCCAGUUUCAUUGGCAGCUUCAUGCAUGAAUGUAAAGUUCUGUUCCAAAUCAAAUUAUUACCUUUCAAAAGCUUUUCUCCUGUUAUUUCUCUCAUCAGUUUGCUUGAGAAUGCUGCUUCUAGUGUGGUAGUUAUGGGUUUACCCUGGCUUUAGGUUGGCAGCAGGUGCCUGACAAAAAGCAGCAGAAGUUUUGCUUGCUGGAACAUGCUACCUGGGAUGUGAACUUUUGCAAUAAUGGCUUAAUGUCACCCAACUGCUAGCACUGUAGUUCCUUUACCAAUUUUUUUCCAUGCUUCUUACCGGUCUAAGCCCUUGGCAGCCUCUGCAGUCUUUACAGGGAGAUUCCUCACGGGUCACGAGGGAACACAGUACUGGUUCUCUUGAUUCUGAGCUUGGCUUUUGCCUAAUGCUCUGGAAUAGCUCCCAAACUGAUGACAUACCAAAUGAGACUGCUGGCCUUGGAGUGAAGUGUUGGUCAGCAAAGGAAUAGAGAGCAGUUUUUUAACAACCAAAGCCUUAAGAUUAAAUUCUGUUUGCUCAUCCCAAUGUUGCUUUUUGCUACAAAUAAUCAGCAGCCAAGCAUGCAGCUUCAUCAAGGAAAUACAUGCCGAAAAACAGACGACUUUCCUGUGCAUAAAGGUUUCAUUAUUCUUAGGAUGCAAGGCUGCAGCAGUUUAUUUGGAUUGUUGUAACUGCAGAUGUGGCUGUGCCUUGGUGUUUUUAUACUCACCAGUCCAUCCUGUUUGUAGUAGGCAGGACAGUUCUGAGUGAAGUAAAUCAUCAGCUAAAGCAGGUACAUGCCCACUUCAGUUCUAACAGUUAAAUUAUUUCAGUUAUAUGUAUGUAGACCAUGUAAAAUAUGGAAAUACAAAUAAACUGGAGAUUUUCUUUUUUAAUCUGACCUUUUCAGUUUUUCUUAAAUAACUUUAAAAUGUAAAGCCAGUAAUUGAAAACUAAAGUAAGCACCACCAUAUUUCAUGGAGGUAUCCUUUGCUGUCCUUUUGUCAGAAUAUAUGCUUUUAAUUUCUCAAACAAUGCAAUAACACCAUGAAAGUUAUUGAUUUAAAUCCCAAGUUUUGUCCUGAAAAAAAGUAUUUUCAAAAAUUCUGUUGCAAGUAAAAGAUUUUCAUAUAUAUGUUUGUGAACGUUUUUGUGUUUAUUCGCACUUAAUGAAUACCUAAAUUAAUACUGUUUUGUUUGUUGAAGAACUGAAAAAAAAGGCUGGGGACUUUUUUCAGGAAUUGAGAGAGACCCUUCUGUCAACAGGUGUAAACACUGAGGAAUAAAGUACUGUAUUUGAAAUUA